AGUUACUAGAUCGACAAAAAACCCAACCAUCGCGAUGUCGUCGAAUUAAUUGAGGGAGAAUCAAGUGAGUCGCUGGCUUCAGUAGACAUCAUCUGCUCGCAGAGUGAAGUUCAAUUUAAACUAGGAAUAAAUAAAAAAAAGAACGCUUAACUCACCAUGGCUGCCUCGUGCACCGGAAUAAUUUUGACGCUCCUCGUCGUGAUAAGUCUGCAAGAGUUGCUGUCACUUCCAGCACCAGCCAUCGAGAAUGCCGCGUACACUAGCGUGGAUUUAUUCGCUGAUGAAUCAGCGCCAGCACAAGUGGCUGUGUUAGCACCAUUCGUCAAACGCCAUCGUCGUCACGAUGACGAUGACUGGGAUGAGGAACCCCAUUGCAAUCACAGACACAGAGGACACAGAAGACAUGGUCAUUGGCAUGGACAUGGACCGGGGCGAAGAGAUGAUCCUGGGUUCGGUCAUGGACCAGGACCUGGCUUUGGUCCACCACCGGGACCUGGCUUUGGACCACCACCUGGACAUGGCUUUGGUCCAGGACCUGGUCGUGGAUUUGGCCCAGGAUAUGGUCAUGGUCCAGGACAUGGACACGGACCUGGCCAUUGGCAUGGUGAAGGUCAGCACAACUUUGGUUAUCCACCCCCACCACCUGACUUAUUCUUUCUGGAUCGCCCAUUCCCGGAUGAUCAAGCUUUCUUUCAACCCUAUCCUAAUGACCUUACUAAUGAUGGUAGCCAAAGCUCAGAGGAACUACUAAAUGUCAGCAGUCCAGCUCCGCCUGAAGAAGCAACCACACAGCCAACGCCAUCAACAUCAAGCAGCAUCCCUAUUGUGACUACAACAGAGGACUCCACGCUUGGCAUUGAUUUACGUAUUGGCAGUGAUUAGUUCUAAGUUCCAACCUCAUGUUCAUAAAGUGCAUUAAAAGGCGUUACAUUAAGUCCAA